CGCUUAAAACCCUAAUUUAAUAAUAAAGCUCCGACCUUUUUCGCCCUCUUCUCCACUCCCAUUUUCGCGCUAAUUUACCACCACCACCACCAUGUGGAGGCGCCCCCCAAAUCCCCUCCAUCUCCGCCACCUCCUCCUCCGCCUCCUCCCUCCGCCUCCUCCCCCUCCGUCCCGAUCCCUCUCCACCGCCACCGCUUCCUCCUACUCCGCCGCCGCCGCCUCCGACGUCGCCCGCUCCAUCGCCGCCGAGCUAACCAAGCUCUCCUCCGCCGAUCGCUCAUCCUCCUCCGAGGCGGCGGCGGCGACGGCGACGGCGACGGCGACGGCGGCGCCUCUCGACCUGGACGCGCACUUCUCCCUCCACUUCUCGGACGUGCGCUUCGACACCGCGCUCCUCCGCGACGUGCUCGCCCUCUCCCCCUCCUCCGGCCGCGCCGCCGCCGACCUCUACCGUCACCUGGUCCGCCGCCGCUCCUUCCACCCCUCCGACGCCUCCCUCGCGCUCCUCGUCCACCACCUCUCCCGCCGCCGCGACUUCAAGGCCGUCUCCGCCCUCCUCUCGGAGUUCCGCCCCUCCGCCGGCCCUCUCUCCCUCUCCGCCGCCCUCUCCCGCCUCGCCCGCAGAGAAUGGCGCCCCCCAAAUCCCCUCCAUCUCCGCCACCUCCUCCUCCGCCUCCUCCCUCCGCCGCCUCCCCCUCCUUCCCGAUCCCUCUCCACCGCCACCGCCUCCUCCUCCUCCUCCGACGCGCUCUUCGACGGCGCCGGCGCCCUCGCGUGGCCCCAGCGCGGCUACGGGCCCCGCCUCGACCUCCGGAUCUACGUCUACGACGAGGCCGAGAUCGACGGCCUCCGCGAGCUCAUGCGCGGCAGGGACGGCCGGAUCUCGCCCGAUUCCUGCGUCAAGGGCCAGUGGGGCACGCAGGGUCAACCGCUUCUGCUCUGUUUCUUAGCCUUUCCCCUUUUGUGUGNACGCGGCGGCUUCGAUCUCGGCCCCCCGGCCUACAACUCCAUCCUCGACUGCAUCUGCCGCCUCUGCCGGAAGAAGGACCCCCUCCGCCUUCCUUCCGAAGCCGAGAAGUUCCUCGUCGACAUGGAGGCCACAGGGAUCCCGCGCGAUUCCGAAACCUUCCGCGUGCUCAUCACUAACCUCUGCAAGAUCCGGCGCACCGAGGACGCAGUGACGCUCUUCCGCCGGAUGGGGGAGUGGGGCUGUUCCCCGGAUGCGGACACGUACCUUGCUCUAAUCCGGAGCCUGUACCAGGCCGCUAGGGUUUCGGAGGGUGACGAGAUGAUCGGAUGGAUGAGAUCGGCCGGAUUUGGUGAUCGGCUUGAUAGGAAGGCGUACUUUGGGUUUAUUAAGAUCUUAUGCGGGAUCGAGAGGGUGGAGCACGCGAUGAAGGUGUUUAGGAUGAUGAAGGGGUACGGGCAUGCUCCGGGAAUUAAGACCUAUAAUCUAUUGAUAGGGAAGCUGGCGACGCACAAUCAGGGAGAUAGGGCGAAUGCGAUGUUCAAUGAGGCGGUGGCUCGGGGAGUGCCGGUGACGCCACAGGUGUACAAGGUGGAUAAGAGGUAUGUGAAGGUGAAGAAGGAGAAGAAGGUGAAGAAGAGGCUCACGUUGCCGGAGAAGAUGGCGAUGAAGAGGAGGCGGCUCAAGAAGCUCAGGUUGAGCUUCGUGAGGAAGCCACGAUCCCUAAGAAGAGUUAUUUGAUUGCCAAUUUUGAUCAGAAGAGUGGAGGAAGUGGCUACAUUCCAUGAAUAUCCUCUCACCGGCCUGCACUUGGUGGAUUUUUCCUUUUUCUUUUUUCCCUCCUUUCUUUUGAAUUGUGGAUGGAGAAGCCGAGUGAUGAUUGUAUCAAUGAAAAUGUUGAUUCCUUUUCUGGGUCAAUUUUCAUCAAUACUUCUUUGACAUUAACAGAUCCGAAGAUCUUGCUCCAGGUGAAGUAAACUGGUGCUCCUCCACAGCUUAAAUGCCUUGAGAAAGGUAUUACUUACUGUUGUAUUCCUAACAAAGCUGCAUUUAAUUUACUUCGAUUUCUGAGGUGGUCCUGUGAGCUUGCUUCAUAUGUAUCUAUUUUGGGUUCUAAUUUUUCUGAACAGUAACUUAUAAUCACCUUAAGAAAAGGGUUAUUUGGAUUUU